AUGAGGUUGGAUGGUUUACUGUAUCUCUGCAAUAAGUAUAAAAACUUACUUCAACUUCAAUUUACACUCAUGUCAGAUAAAAAGUUGCAACGUAAUCAUCGGAAGACAAGUGGAAGAAAUCUCAUUACCAUUUCAAACUCUCAGCAGAUGGAUGAUUCAUCAAGAUUUCAAGUCGUGAGAAAAGCUUGA